GGCCCCGCCUCCGGCGCGCCGGAAAUGAGGCGCGGAGGUGCGCCGCGCGCUGUCAGCGUCCGACCCGCAGCCGGCUCGCUCGCUGGACCAGCUCGAGGCAGCGCGUGCGGCGUCGGGACCCUUGGCCUCCACAGUCCGGAGGGCACCAUGGACAACAAGGAGCUGAUCCAGUACUUCAAGUCUCAGAUGAGAGGAGACCCUGACAUGGCCUCGGCGGUGGCCGCCAUCCGGACCCUGCUGGAGUUCCUGAAGAGAGACACAGGGGAGACGAUCCAGGGCCUGAGAGCGAAUCUCACCAGCGCCAUAGAGACGCUGUGCGGCGUGGACUCCUCCGUGGCCGUGUCCUCCGGCGGGGAGCUCUUCCUCCGCUUCAUCAGCCUCACCUCCCUGGAGUACUCGGAUUAUUCCAAGUGUAAGAAGAUCAUGAUUGAGCGGGGAGAGCUUUUUCUCAGGAGAAUUUCUCUGUCGCGAAAUAAAAUUGCAGACCUGUGCCACACUUUCAUCAAAGAUGGGGCGAGGAUACUGACGCACGCCUACUCCAGGGUGGUCCUGAGGGUCCUGGAGGCAGCCGUGGCGGCCAAGAAGCGCUUCAGUGUCUACAUCACAGAGUCGCAGCCGGACUUGUCCGGGCAAAAAAUGGCCAAAGCCCUCUGCCACCUCAACGUCCCCGUCACCGUGGUGCUGGACGCUGCUGUCGGCUAUAUCAUGGAGAAAGUGGACCUCGUCAUAGUUGGUGCUGAAGGAGUUGUAGAAAACGGAGGCAUCAUUAACAAGAUUGGAACCAACCAGAUGGCUGUGUGCGCCAAGGCACAGAACAAGCCCUUUUACGUGGUCGCAGAAAGCUUCAAGUUUGUGCGGCUCUUCCCGCUCAACCAGCAGGACGUGCCGGAUAAGUUUAAGUACAAGGCAGACACUCUGCUCAAGUCCGUAGAGACCGGGCAGGACCUCAAAGAGGAGCACCCAUGGGUCGACUACACCGCCCCGUCCUUGAUCACCCUGCUGUUCACGGACCUGGGUGUGCUGACGCCCUCCGCGGUCAGCGAUGAGCUCAUCAAGCUGUAUCUGUAACGCAGGCCCCUGUCUGCCGACGCCCCCGGCGAGCCAGCCAGAACUGCACUGUUUUAAUGAACAUUGACGGACCACUGGAAACUUCAAGUCUGAAAUCUUGGGGUCUUUUUUACUCGCCUCGCAAUGCAUUCACGGCCCUCAACCCAGACUGUGCUUGUGGUCUCCAGAAGCUCAUCCUAGGUUUUCAGCAGCUCAACAAACAGUUUGCCGAAAGCAGCGCAGGCCUCCACGGCGUGACCGGGACGCCUGUCACACGGCGCCUUGCAGGAAGGUGAAGAACACGAGCCGAGUGUGCCUCUGGCUCAGGCGGUGAACAGGGCCGAGUGCCGCAUCCCUGCACUGGCUCCCGCCCCACGGGAGACCACUGAGGGGGAGGGAGAAACAGCACGGGCGCUCGUAGCCCGCACAGCCUGGCACACACGGAGACACCUUCCCCGACACUGCAACCUCACAUUCUGCCUCUGUGAGAUGGUGACUUCCUUUACAUGUGUCUGGGUCCUAAACAUCCUGCCUGGGAACAGGUUCGGCAUCUUUUCAAAUAAACUAGGAUCACGA